UAAUCUAGGUUACAUUCAUUCAUAAAAAAAAAAAAAUACAAGAUGAAUGACUUAUUCUCUAGUAAUUCGUUUAAACAAUACCAGGACCUUAAGAAACAGGUCGAGAUGGACGACAUUGAAGCCGGAACAGCCGCCAACGGCGGCGGAGGAGGAGACGAGACGGUGGACCUUGAUAAAUUUUUCGAAGACGUGGAGAACGUGAAGAGCGACAUGAAGGGCGUGGAAGCACUGUACAAGAGGUUGCAGGAAGCCAACGAGGAGUGCAAGACAGCGCAUAACGCCAAAACCGUGAAGGAUUUGCGGUCGAAAAUGGACGUCGACGUUUCAAAAGUGCUGAAACAGGUGAAAGUGAUUAAGGGAAAGCUGGAAGGGCUUGAACGGUCCAACGCGGCCUCCCGCCAAGUCCAGGGCUGCGGACCGGGCUCCUCCGCGGACCGGACCAGAACCGCGGUGGUUAGCGGGUUAGGGAAGAAAUUAAAAGACACGAUGGACGACUUUCAGAACCUUAGGGCAAAGAUGAACUCGGAGUACAAAGAGACGGUGGCGAGGCGUUACUACACCGUCACCGGGGAGCAGCCGGACGACGACUUGAUCGACAACUUGAUAUCCAGCGGGGAGAGCGAGUCGUUCCUUCAGAAGGCGAUCCAAGAACAAGGGCGGGGCCAGAUUAUGGACACCAUAUCGGAGAUUCAAGAACGGCACGAUGCCGUUAAAGAAAUCGAGAAGAACCUCAUAGAGCUGCACCAGAUCUUCCUGGACAUGGCGGCACUUGUGGAGGCGCAGGGGCAACAACUAAACUCCAUCGAGAACCACGUGGCGCAUGCCAGCUCCUUCGUUCGCCGUGGAACCGAGCAGCUCGAAGAAGCUGUGGAGAUUCAGAAAGAAUCCAGAAAAUGCACAUGCAUCGCCAUUAUCCUAGUCAUUGUUCUCAUCAUUGUCCUCCUUUUCCCGAUCUGGUCCAAUCUCUUGAUGAUUCAUUUGAGAUAGACGUAUUGAUGAAUCUAUAGUCCUCGUCGUCUUAUGUAUUCAUCAUCUCAUCUCAACGAAACAACUGCAUUAUAUUAUUACAUACAGGGAAUUGAAGUUUCUCAAGCUGUGCUUCAGCUCGCAAAAUCCCAACUGCCAUAUAUACAUGCAU